AUGAAUGACGUGGAGGUCCCCUUGCACCUUCUCCGUUACGUGUGUCUAUUCUGUGGGAAAAACGGCCUUUCUCUUAUGAAGGAUUGCUUUGAGUAUGGAACCCCCGAGACCCUGCCCUUUCUAAUAGCUCAUGCAUUCAUCACUGUUGUGUCCAACAUCAGAAUAUGGUUACACAUCCCUGCUGUUAUGCAGCAUAUUAUACCAUUUAGAACCUAUGUUAUAAGAUAUUUGUGUAAGCUGUCUGACCAGGAGCUGCGUCAGAGUGCGGCUAGGAACAUGGCUGACCUCAUGUGGAGCACUGUGAAAGAGCCUCUGGACACAGCUUUGUGCUUUGAUAAAGAGAGCCUUGACUUGGCUUUCAAAUAUUUUAUGUCACCCACACUAACAAUGAGGCUUGCUGGCUUGAGUCAGAUAACGUGUCUGCAACAACGAGUCCUGGUAUCUGACACAGAGACAUCUAUAGCAAAGGAGCUGGCAGAUUGGCUCAUCAGCAAUAAUGUGGUGGAACAUAUUUUUGGACCAAACCUACACAUUGAGAUCAUCAAACAGUGCCAAGUUAUCCUAAACUUUCUGGCUGCAGAAGGCCGGCUGAGCACUCAGCACAUUGACUGUAUCUGGGCAGCUGCACAGUUAAAACAUUGUAGUCGCUAUAUCCAUGAUCUUUUUCCCUCGCUGAUUAAAAACUUGGAUCCUGUGCCUCUGAGACAUCUUCUGAAUUUAGUGUCGGGUCUACAUCCCAGUGCACAUACAGAACAGACCUUGUAUUUGGCUUCAAUGUUGAUUAAAGCUCUGUGGAACAAUGCACUAGCAGCUAAGGCCCAGCUUUCUAAACAGAGCUCCUUUGCAUCAUUACUGAAUACUAAUCUACCAAUGGGCAACAAGAAAGGUUCGCCAGCAGCUAGCCCUCAGAGCAGCGACAACAGCGACACUCACCACAGUGGCGGAAGUGACAUAGAAAUGGAUGAACAAAUGUUAAACCGAUCUAAGCAUGUACAACAGCGACUUUCAGAUACAGAGGAAUCUAUGCAAGGGAGUUCAGAUGAAACCGCAAACAGUGGUGAAGAUGCCAGCAGUGGACCAGGGAGUAGCAGUGGGCACAGUGAUGGCUCAAGCAAUGAGGUCAAUUCCAGUCAUGCCAGUCAGUCUGCAGGCAGCCCGGGCAGUGAGGUUCACUCAGAGGACAUAGCAGAUAUGGAAGCUUUAAAAGAGGAGGAGGAGGAAGAGGAGGAGGAGGAGGAGGAGGAGGAAGAAGAAGAAGAGGAGGAGGAAGAAGAGGAGGAGGAAGAGGAGGAGGAGGAAGAAGAAGAAGAGGAGGAGCAUUGUCACAACCCUUCAAAAAGCAGCAGAGCAAUUGACCUACAUAAGAGAAAAUUGGAGUCUCAAGCGGGUAUUUGUUUGGGGGAUCCCCAGGGGACAGCGGAUAUAGGUGCAACAAGCAAUGGCACAUGCAAGGACCUGGUUUUUAAUUCAGAGUCUGUUCAACCAGGUGAUAGUCGCAUUCGCAUCUUGGAUGGCUGCUCCCAUUCCGAAGAGCCUGAGCACGACAUGACGGGGGAGAUGAGUGGUGGCCACCUGCAAAGCUCGCACGACACCUGCAUCGCCCGUAGUGGAGACUUCUUGGGAGAGGCUAUCGGGAAUGAGCUGUUCAACUGCCGACGGUUUAUUGGUCCUCAGCAUCACCACCACCACCAUCAUCACCACCAUCACCACCACCAUGAAGGGCACAUGGUAGAUGACAUGUUGAGUGCGGAUGAUGUGAGUUGUAGUAGCUCACAAGUAAGUGCAAAGUCUGAGAAAAACAUGGCAGACUUUGAUGGUGAGGAGUCUGGUUGUGAGGAAGAACUUGUACAAAUUAAUUCCCAUGCUGAGCUGACCUCACACCUUCAGCAGCACCUACCCAAUUUGGCUUCUAUUUACCAUGAGCAUCUGAGUCAAGGUCCCUCUGUACAUAAACACCAGUACAACAGUAAUGCAGUGAUGGACAUCAACUUGGACAAUGUUUGCAAGAAGGGAAAUACUCUCCUUUGGGAUCUUGUUCAAGAUGAGGAUGCUGUUCACCUGUCUGAGGGGUUAAUUAAUGAAGCAGAGAAGCUUCUUUGUUCCUUGGUUUGCUGGUUUACGGACAGGCAGAUUAGAAUGCGUUUCAUUGAAGGCUGCUUGGAAAACCUUGCUAAUAACAGGUCUGUUGUUGUGUCUCUAAGACUUUUACCUAAAUUAUUUGGGACCUUUCAGCAGUUCGGGAGCAGUUAUGACACCCACUGGAUCACAAUGUGGGCAGAGAAGGAACUCAACAUGAUGAAGCUUUUUUUUGAUAAUCUGGUGCACUAUAUCCAAUCCAUCCGUGAUGGGAGGCACAAACAUGUUUUGUACAGCCACAGUGCCGAGGUUCAAGUACGGCUUCAGUUUUUGACGUGUGUUUUCUCAACACUGGGAUCACCAGACCAUUUCCGAUUAAGUUUGGAGCAGGUAGACAUCUUGUGGCACUGUCUUGUAGAAGACCUGGAGUGCUAUGAUGAUGCAUUGCACUGGUUUUUAAAUCAGGUGCGCAGCAAGGACCAGCACGCUAUGGGAAUGGAGACUUAUAAACAUCUAUUUCUGGAAAAGAUGCCCCAGCUAAAACCUGAAACAAUCAGCAUGACAGGACUGAACCUUUUUCAACACCUUUGUAAUCUUGCUCGCCUAGCAACCAGCGCUUAUGAUGGGGGCUCGAAUUCUGAGUUGUGUGGCAUGGACCAGUUUUGGGGCAUUGCACUGAGAGCUCACAGUGGAGAUGUAAGCCGUGCUGCUAUCCAGUAUAUCAACUCCUAUUAUAUAAAUGGAAAAACCGGGCUAGAAAAAGAGAACGAGUUCAUUAGUAAGUGCAUGGAAAGCCUUAUGAUUGCCUCUAGUAACCUUGAACAGGAUGCACAGUCAAGUCUCACCAUCAUUGAAAGAGGCCUGUUAAUGCUAAAAACACAUCUUGAAGCUUUCAGGAGACGGUUUGCCUACCAUCUAAGGCAAUGGCAGAUUGAAGGAACUGGUAUCAGCAGCCAUCUGAAAGCACUGAAUGACAAGCAAUCAUUGCCUCUUAGAAUUGUUUGCCAACCUGCAGGGCUUCCUGAUAAGAUGACCAUAGAAAUGUAUCCAAGUGACCAGGUAGCUGACCUGCGGGCAGAAGUCACUCACUGGUAUGAAAAUUUACAGAAAGAUCAGCUAAAUCAACAGCCUCAGCUUCAAGAGUUUGGACAGAGCAGCCGUAAAGGUGAUUUUCCUGGUGGUCUUAUGGGUCCUGUUCGGAUGAUUUCAUCUGGUCAUGAGUUGACAACGGAUUAUGAUGAAAAAACUCUCCAUGAACUCGGAUUUAAGGACAUGCAGAUGGUGUUUGUAUCAUUGGGUGCCCCACGGCGGGAAAGAAAAGGGGAAGGAGUGCAGCUUCCAGCAUCGUGUCUGCCUCCCCCACAGAAAGAAAACAUCCCCAUGCUGCUUCUUCUACAAGAACCUCACCUCACCACUCUCUUCGACUUGCUUGAAAUGUUGGCUUCAUUUAAGCCUCCAUCGGGAGAAAUGAACUUGGAAGACGUUGAGAGCGCUAGGUGUGAGGAGCUGCAUCUCCAUGCAGAGAACCUAUCUAGGCGUGUAUGGGAGCUCUUGAUGUUACUGCCCACGUGUCCCAAUAUGCUGCAGGCAUUCCAGAAUGUGUCUGAGGAACAGGGAAAUGAUGUACCAUGUUGGAAGGACUUGCUUCGCAUAAAAAGUGCCCAUAAACUUCUCUAUGCUCUUGAAAUUAUUGAAGCUUUGGGAAAGCCUAACAGAAGGAUAAGAAGAGAGUCUACUGGUAGUUACAGUGAUUUGUAUCCAGAUUCUGAUGAUUCCAGUGAAGAUCAGAUUGAAAACAGUAAAAACACAUGGAGCUGCAAGUUCGUAGCUUCUGGCGGUCUUCAGCAACUGAUUGAAAUCUUUAACUCUGGAAUUUUGGAGCCCAAAGAGCAUGAAUCUUGGACUGUGUGGCAGCUGGACUGCUUAGCAUGUUUGUUAAAGUUGAUCUGUCAGUUUGCUGUGGACCCGGCUGAUCUGGAUCUGGCAUAUCAUGAUGUCUUUGCUUGGUCGGGAUUAGCAGAGAGCCACAGGAAAAGAACUUGGCCUGGAAAAUCAAGAAAGUCUGGCUCAGAUCAUUCCAAAGGCCUCCAUAUACCUCGUUUAACAGAGGUUUUUUUAGUUCUGGUACAAGGAACGUGUAUGAUUCAAAGGUUGAUGUCUGUUGCUUAUACCUAUGACAAUUUAGCGCAAAGGGUACUGAAAGCCCAAUCUGAUCAUAGGUCAAGGCAUGAAGUUACACAUUAUUCAAUGUGGCUCCUUGUUAGUUGGGCUCAUUGUUGUUCUAUGGUGAAAUCUAGUCUUGCAGACAGUGAUAAUUUACAAGAUUGGCUCAAAAAAUUAACGCUCCUUAUUCCUGAGACUGCAGUUCGGCACGAAUCAUGCAAUGGUCUAUACAAGCUGUCCCUUUCUGGUCUGGAUGGCGGUGACUCAAUAAAUCGAUCAUUCUUGCUUCUGGCUGCAUCAACAUUAUUAAAGUUUCUUCCUGAUGCUCAAGCACUAAAACCCAUUCGGGUAGAGGAUUAUGAGGAAGAAACCAUUCUGCGACCUGGAUGUAAAGAAUAUUUUUGGUUACUGUGUAAACUGAUAGAUAACAUUCAUGUCAAGGAUGCUAGCCAGACAACAUUGCUUGAUUUGGAUGCGUUAGCAAGACAUUUAGCCGACUGCAUUCGCAGCCGAGAAAUUCUUGACUACCAAGAUGGUAAUGUAGAAGAUGAUGGUAUGACAGGACUCCUCAGACUUGCUACCAGUGUCAUCAAACACAAGCCCCCUUUCAAAUUUUCAAGGGAAGGGCAGGAAUUCCUCAGAGAUGUUUUCAAUCUCCUCUUCAUGCUACCCAGUCUUAAGGACAGACGGCAGCCCAAAUGUAAAUCUCAUUCUUCCAGAGCUGCAGCAUAUGAUCUAUUGGUGGAGAUGGUGAAAGGCUCAGUGGAGAACUACAGACUAUUACACAAUUGGGUUAUGGCACAGCACAUGCAGUCUUCCCAUGCUCCUUACAAGUGGGACUACUGGCCACAUGAUGAUGUGCGAGCGGAGUGCAGGUUUGUUGGACUCACAAAUCUUGGAGCUACCUGUUACCUGGCAUCUACCAUUCAGCAAUUGUACAUGAUACCAGCGGCCAGGCAAGCCAUCUUUACUGCUAAGUAUUCAGAUGAUAUUAAACAUAAAACCACCCUACUGGAACUCCAGAAAAUGUUUACUUAUUUAAUGGAAAGUGAAUGUAAAGCUUAUAACCCAAGGCCGUUCUGUAAGACAUACACCAUGGACAAGCAGCCACUCAACACAGGAGAACAGAAAGACAUGACGGAGUUCUUCACAGACCUUAUAACGAAGAUUGAAGAAAUGUCUCCUGAGCUUAAAAACACAGUAAAGAGUUUAUUUGGAGGGGUCAUUACAAAUAAUGUUGUGUCUUUGGAUUGUGAACAUGUAAGUCAGACCGCUGAAGAAUUCUAUACUGUGAGAUGUCAGGUGGCUGAUAUGAAAAACAUAUAUGAGUCGCUAGAUGAAGUCACCAUCAAGGACACAUUGGAAGGUGACAAUAUGUACACAUGCUCCCAAUGUGGAAAGAAGGUGCGAGCGGAGAAAAGGGCUUGUUUUAAGAAAUUGCCAAGGAUAUUAAGCUUUAAUACAAUGCGGUACACUUUUAACAUGGUCACCAUGAUGAAGGAAAAGGUCAACACACACUUUUCUUUUCCUAUUCGACUGGAUAUGACUCCCUACACAGAAGAUUUUUUAAUGGGAAAAAAUGACAGAAUAGAAGGUUUCAAAGAGGAGGGGGAGGAAGCAAAAGAGACUGAGAGCUAUGAGUAUGAUUUAAUAGGGGUCACUGUUCAUACCGGUACUGCUGACGGUGGCCACUACUACAGCUUCAUCAGGGACAUUGUGAAUCCACACGCUUAUAAAAAUAACAAAUGGUAUCUUUUCAAUGAUGCCGAAGUGAAGCCAUUUGAUUCAGCUCAGCUUGCUUCUGAAUGUUUUGGGGGUGAAAUGACCACAAAAACGUAUGACUCUGUAACUGAUAAGUUUAUGGACUUCUCUUUUGAAAAGACUCAUAGUGCUUACAUGCUGUUUUAUAAACGUGUGGAGCCAGAGGAGGAGACCAGCAAGGAGGUGAAGUUCGAUGUCUCUUCAGAGCUCCUAGAGUGGAUCUGGCACGACAACAUGCAAUUUCUACAGGACAAAAACAUUUUUGAACACACUUAUUUUGGGUUUAUGUGGCAGCUGUGCAGCAGUAUUCCCAGCACCUUACCAGAUCCUAAAGCGGUGUCCCUAAUGACAGCCAAGCUUAGCACAUCGUUUGUUUUGGAGACUUUUAUCCAUUCAAAAGAAAAGCCCACCAUGCUUCAGUGGAUUGAACUGCUGACAAAGCAGUUUAACAACAGCCAGGCAGCCUGCGAGUGGUUUUUGGACAGGAUGGCUGAUGAUGACUGGUGGCCUAUGCAGAUCCUUAUCAAGUGUCCCAAUCAGAUUGUGAGACAGAUGUUCCAGCGUCUUUGCAUACAUGUUAUUCAAAGGUUGCGAUCUGCACAUGCGCACCUCUAUCUUCAACCAGGCAUGGAGGAUGGCUCUGAUGACAUGGAUGGGCCUGUGGAGGACAUAGGCAGCCGCUCUUGUGUUACUCGCUUUGUGAAAACAUUGCUUUCUAUCAUGGAGCAUGGUGUGAAGCCUCACAGUAAACAUCUGACUGAGUACUUUGCCUUCCUUUAUGAGUUCGUCAAGAUGGGAGAGGAAGAGAGCCAGUUUUUGCUGUCCCUACAAGCCAUAUCAACCAUGGUACACUUUUACAUGGGCACCAAAGGGCCUGAAAAUCCACAGGUUGAAGUAUUGUCUGAGGAAGAAGAAGGAGAAGAGGAGGAGGAAGAAGACAUUCUAUCACUUGCUGAAGAAAAGUACAGGCCAGCGGCUCUAGAGAAGAUGAUCGCUCUCAUCGCCUUUCUGGUGGAACAGUCUCGUUCAGAACGGCAUCUCACAUUGUCCCAGAACGACAUGGCAGCCUUAACAGGUGGAAAGGGCUUUCCUUUUUUGUUCCAGCAUAUACGAGAUGGAAUUAAUAUCCGACAAACUUGCAACCUCAUUUUCAGCCUUUGCCGGUACAACAACCGUCUUGCUGAACAUAUUGCAUCGAUGCUAUUCACAUCUAUAGCAAAGCUGACCCCAGAGGCUGCUAAUCCUUUCUUCAAACUGCUGACCAUGAUCAUGGAGUUUUCUGGUGGGCCCCCAGGAAUGCCUCCUUUUGCCUCCUACAUUUUGCAAAGGAUAUGGGAGGUAAUUGAGUACAACCCGUCUCAGUGUUUAGACUGGCUGGCAGUGCAAACUCCUCGAAACAAGCUGGCACACAGCUGGGUACUGCAGAAUAUGGAAAACUGGGUGGAGCGUUUUCUGUUGGCACACAAUUACCCCAGAGUGAGAACAUCUGCAGCCUACCUGUUGGUAUCACUAAUUCCAAGCAACUCCUUUCGUCAGAUGUUUAGAUCCACGCGUUCUCUUCACAUUCCCACACGAGACCUGCCCCUCAGCCCAGAAACCACAGUGGUACUACACCAGGUGUACAAUGUCCUCUUGGGCCUUCUUUCUAGAGCAAAACUCUAUGUUGAUGCUGCUGUUCAUGGUACCACCAAGCUGGUGCCCUAUUUUAGCUUCAUGACUUAUUGUUUGAUUUCCAAAACUGAAAAACUUAUGUUCUCCACAUAUUUCAUGGACCUGUGGAACCUCUUCCAGCCAAAGCUGUCUGAGCCAGCCAUAGCCACAAACCACAACAAGCAAGCGCUGCUUUCCUUUUGGUACAAUGUCUGUGUUGACUGUCCGGAGAAUGUGCGCCUUAUUGUUCAGAAUCCCGUGGUGACCAAGAAUAUUGCCUUUAACUAUAUCUUGGCGGAUCAUGAUGACCAAGAUGUGGUGCUUUUCAAUCGUGGCAUGCUGCCAGCUUAUUACGGCAUUCUUCGGAUGUGCUGUGAACAGUCUCCUGCCUUCACCCGUCAACUUGCCUCACAUCAGAACAUUCAGUGGGCCUUUAAAAAUCUUACGCCGCAUGCCAGUCAGUACCCUGCGGCUGUAGAAGAGCUGUUUAAUCUCAUGCAGCUCUUUGUAGCUCAGAGACCAGACAUGAGAGAGGAGGAGCUGGAAGAUAUCAAACAGUUUAAGAAAACUACGAUAAGCUGUUACUUGCGUUGUUUAGAUGGCCGCUCCUGCUGGACAACUUUAAUAAGUGCCUUUAGAAUAUUGUUGGAGUCCGAUGAAGACAGACUUCUUGUUGUAUUCAACAGAGGAUUGAUUUUAAUGACUGAGUCUUUUAACACUUUGCAUAUGAUGUACCAUGAAGCUACAGCCUGCCAUGUGACUGGAGACUUAGUGGAGCUUUUGUCCAUAUUCCUGUCUGUCCUCAAGUCCACACGUCCUUAUCUACAGAGAAAAGAUGUAAAGCAGGCCCUGAUUCAGUGGCAGGAACGAAUUGAAUUUGCUCAUAAACUCCUAACCUUGUUAAAUUCCUACAGUCCUCCAGAACUGCGAAAUGCCUGCAUAGAUGUCCUAAAAGAACUUGUGCUGCUGAGUCCUCAUGAUUUUUUGCACACACUUGUUCCAUUUUUACAGCACAACCAUUGUACAUACCAUCAUAGCAACAUCCCAAUGUCUCUUGGUCCAUACUUUCCAUGCCGUGAAAACAUGAAACUCAUUGGAGGAAAAAGCAAUAUUCGCCCCCCUCGUCCAGAACUUAACAUGUGCCUCUUGCCUACAAUGGUUGAAUCCAGCAAGGGUAAAGAUGAUGUGUAUGACCGCAUGCUGCUAGAUUACUUGUCUUCAUAUCACCAGUUUAUUCAUCUCCUUUGCCGUGUAGCAAUCAAUUGUGAGAAGUUUACAGAAGCUUUGAUAAAGCUGAGUAUCCUAAUUGCAUAUGAAGGGCUCUCAUUACAUCUUGCAUUAUUUCCUAAACUCUGGACAGAAUUAUGCCAAACACAGACUCCACUGGCAAAAAACUGCAUCAAGUUGCUGUGUGAGGAUCCUGUUUUUGCAGAAUAUAUUAAAAGUAUUCUAGUGGAUGAGCGUGUUUUCAUCAACAACAAUGUGGUAUACACAUUCCUCACCCAUUUCUUGGUAAAGGUUCAAAAUCAGGUCUUCUCAGAAACAAACUGUGCAAGCCUCAUUAACACCAUUAUUACACAUGUCAUUAAUCAGUAUCAAAAUGUGGAGUCCGACUUUAUCAGCAGGAUUGAAAUUUCCAAAGCAAGCAGCACUUUAAAUGGGGAUCUCAGAGCAUUGACUUUGCUCCUCUCGGUUCACACUCCAAAACAACUCAACCCAGCCUUAAUACCCACAUUACAAGAUCUCCUAAGUAAAUGUAGAGCCUGCCAGCAGCAAAGAACCUCAAUACAAGAGCAAGAAUCCAAAGAAGGUAAAACAAAAGAUGAUGAAGGUGCUACUCCAGUAAAACGGCGGCGAGUUAGCAGCGAUGAAGAACACAUUGCUGACAGCUGUAUGACUGAUCUAAAAACAGAGCGUGAAGCAUCUACCCCCACAAGCACAUCUGACAAUGAGACAAGAGACUCUUCAAUUAUUGAUCCAGGAACAGAGCAAGAUCCACCCUCACCAUCGCCGCUGUGUGCUAAAGAAUACAGAAUAGAAGUGCCGCCAUCUAUCCCAGAAGACAUACUGCCUGCGAGGCCACAGUCAGCAGACGAGCAGCCUGGCUGCAGCGUGAAGUUCGAAGAGAGCAAAGAAGAGAAACCGCUCCAGAGCCCAAAGGAGACAAAUGUAACAGAAGAGGACAGCGAGCUCCCUUCCACUUCCAUUUCUGCGGUACUAGCUGACUUGGCAGACUUGAGGAGCUGUGAUGGGCAGCCAUCACCCACGCAGGACAGCCAGGAGCUCAGCCUGUCAUUAAACUGCGAGCAUUCCAGGGGACUUUUUAGUCAUGUACAACAAAAUGACAUUUUAGAUACCCUGUGCAGGACCAUUGAGUCCACCGUUCUUGUGGUCUCAAGGAUAUCAGGAAAAGAAAACAAAGCUGCUUCUUGACAUUAGUUGUAGCACGUCUGCUUUUAAAUCUUUUUUUGUUUUUUUUUUGUUGUUUUUUUUUAAGCUGUUUGUAUACAAGUUUUGCAGUUUUCUUUUCGAUUUUGUGCUUCAGUUUGUCAAGUGCUUUCUGCUUGAAUGGCAAGCUAGGAUUUAUAUGCUUCAUUCUUGUUCAGGCAGAAGUCAAGAAACAAAAGUUGCAUCUGCAAUUUACUUUGUUAAGGCCAAUCAUAAUGGUUAUGUUUUAUGUAAUUCAGGUUCGCUGUAGUGGCAACUCAUUUAAAUGGCCGCUUGGAAAAAUAGGGGUGCGUUUACCCCUCCUUGCCCAAUCUAAUGUAAUUUAAACUUGUCAUUUUUACCGUGUAUAAUAUGGUGUCCUCUGUGCCAGUUUUGUACCUUAUAAUAGAGGCAGUUGCCUCAAUUCGCUGUGGUUCUUAUUAUCAAAAUUAAGUUUACUUGUACUAAACCACAAGAAAUUUGAUUCUGUAAAGAAUCCUCUCUAGCUGUGGCCUGGCAGUAUAUAUGGUGCUUUAUUUAACAGAAUACCUGUGGAGGAAAUGAAGCACACUUGAUGUAAAAAAGAAAAAGACAAAAAAAGUAAUUGUUUUAUUUUAUUGACAUGAUUGAUCGCUAUUCUGUGCACUUCAUUAAACUAAUUGUGACAACUUUUCA